GUAGCACAUUGUCUGUCCACACAAAUACAAAUGAAGCAAAAACAAGAACGAUUUUCUUUCCUUUUCAUCUCCUUGUCAAAAAUGCCUAUAUAUGUGUGUUUGUAUAUGUAUGUCCGCAGGAAGUACACAGAAAAAAGAGGGGUUGACAAAUAGAAACCCCAUUUGUUCCUCAUCAUAAUCACCAUCAAAGAUACAAAUAUGGCGAUUGCUUCUUCGUCUUCGCUUCGCCAUCUUUGCCACGACCUUUUCCCCAAAUACCCUUCUCUUUCUCACAAUUCGCGGCAUAAACCCUCUCUCCAAUUCUCCUCUCGUGGGUUUUCGUCCAGAAUUCGUGCAACCUCAGCUGUCGCUUUGGAACCGGAUUCAAGCAUUCAACAGCAAGAUACGGUUGAAGUUGACUUGUUUGCAUGCCCAAUAUGCUAUGAACCUUUAAUAAGAAAAGGCCCUCCAGGUUUUACCUUGCCGGCAAUCUACAGGUCUGGUUUCAAAUGUAAAAAAUGCAACAAGUCAUACUCCAGCAAAAACAACUAUGUGGAUCUCACUAUUAUUGCUGGAACAAAGAACUACGUUGAAGCUAAACCAGUUGGGACUGAGCUAUUUCGGAGUCCACUUGUUUCAUUCUUGUAUGAAAGAGGCUGGCGUCAAAAUUUUAACCGUAGUGGUUUUCCUGGUCCCGAUGAAGAGUUUAAAAUGGCUCAGGAGUACUUCAAACCAGCAGAAGGUGGCGUUCUAGUAGAUGUUAGCUGUGGGAGUGGUUUGUUCACCCGAAAAUUUGCCACGUCUGGGACCUAUUCAAGAGUCGUUGCACUUGACUUCUCUGAAAGUAUGCUUCGCCAAUGUUAUGAUUUCAUAAAAAAUGAUGAUACAAUUUUAACCACUAAUCUUGCUCUUGUGAGGGCAGAUGUGUCAAGGCUUCCUUUCUCGUCAGGUUCAAUUGAUGCUGUUCAUGCUGGUGCAGCCUUGCAUUGCUGGCCAUCUCCUUCCAAUGCAAUUGCUGAAAUAAACCGUAUAUUGCGAAGUGGUGGUAUCUUUGUUGGAACUACUUUUCUUCGUGUCAGUGCAUCCACUCCUGCAAUUUUAAGGCCCUUCAGACAGAGGAUACUGCAGAACUAUAACUAUUUGAACGAGGAGGAGAUCAAGGACUUGUGCACGUCAUGUGGUCUCAUUAACUACACAAGUAAAGUUCAGCAAUCCUUCAUUAUGUUUUCAGCAGAAAAGCCCUAAGACUGGUUCAAUUCAUUAUGCUUAUCAUUUUCUCCAUACCAAGCUUUGUCUUAUUCCUUGUUGAUUUUGUUGUAUUGUGUGUUUCAUUAUUGUUCUUGCAAAUGUACAGAACCUGAACAGAUAAACCUCUGACAGAUGUAAAAGUAAUAAAAUAUUAUCUAUAUAUUUUCCUAGUUGGUACUCA